ACCACCUGUUCUCUGUUUUUGUUUUUGCGCCAUAUCAAAGCAUACACACACAGCAGGCAAACAAACAAACAAAAAAAGGUGGUGUAAAGAGGCCAAGCCAAAAACAAAAACACGUUCUGAGAUAUAUUAUGAUGUAUCGCGCACAAUCGAUUUAUUGUAAUAGUAAAAGCAUAUGGAACAUCUUAUACGUUAGUGAGCUUAGUUUAGGUACCAGGUAUCUUUUAUUACACACACACACACCAGCCGUUUGCACAUCAAUGUGUGACAGAGGGAAACAAGAAAAACUAUAGGCUGUUUGUUAAGCAGGGAACGAACAGGUGGGGGGAGUGGGGGGAGGGGGUGGUAAUACACACUAGCAAAGUUAGUGCGUUAGUGGCGGUGACGGCGAAACAGACGCGUUUAUCGAACACAAAUUAUUGUAUAAAUGAAAGUGCGAAAACAAUGCAAAUUGCUUUCCGAUUUCGUCAUUCCUGUGCAUUAGCAGAAUUCGCACCGCUCUUCUACAUAGGAGUAUGUUGCAGAAAAAUUGCAAUAAUAAGUGAUUAUUACACUAUUUGCAACACCCAUCCCGCCUCAUUAUACAUAAUACAGCAUAGUAGUUUUAUUGUUUUGUCCACUUUCUUCAAUAUCGUAUAAUUCGUCCGUCACCGUCCGUGUCGUGUUAAGAGAAAUGCAUUUUAAGGUAAAUUACAUAUUUAAACAACAAAAAAAGCACAUAAUCAUAGAAGGAAAUCGUAAUCCACCCAUGUCAACCACACACACUGGUGGUCACCAUAUGAUGGUGUUAGAUGCUUUGAUCGUAGCGUUUUUUUGAUUUGUUGUUUAGGUUUUAGCAAGGCAGGACGGGUCUAAAAUAGCAAAAACGCUGAAAGUAACGGAAAGGGGUGCGGAGCAUAAUAUGGUUAUAAGCUAAGAGUAUAAUUCAGAAUAAUUUAUAUUAUCGUUUUUUGGCUAAAACACAUUUCGAUACGAGCGUGGAUGGUAGCUUUGAGGGGAGGAUAUGUGAUGAGUGCGCCCAAUAGAGUGGCUAGCCAUAGCAGCGAAAUGGUUCUUCUCCUUUUCAGAGUUAUUUUUGUGCAUUAUUGUAUUAAGAGCUAGAUGAAGUCUUUGCGUCCACUUUUUACGUUUAAAAUGGGAAAUGUUCGGGGCAAGUCUCUGUGUUUUGUUUUCUUUUUUUUACAUUAAAUUUUUACUUGUAAGAGACGAGACACUGUGGACGUCUAAGGGUUACAAAUGCUAUGCUGUUUACUACUACUACUAGCGCUAGUGAGAAUCGCAUGUGUGCCGUAUUUGUGUACUCCCCCCCCCCCCCCCAUCCCCUGAGAUCUGUGUUAUAGGUUCCGCGGCAGUGCGGUAGAGGAAAAGAAAAAGUAAUGCCAUUAGAAAGAUUAUUGUUUAUUUUUAUUUCAUUCUAAAGGAAAAUUUUCGUUUUUGUUUUUGAAUUGCCCUCAAAUAUACCCUUGCUGAAUUUUGCA